AUGGGGAUAUCACCAUCGAAGAAAGUCAGCCACCAUUUUCGCUCCUCCCCAGAAUUCACCUCUUCCUGCAACACCAUCUUCUCCGAUCUCCAAACCCUAACUCACCACACUUCUCCGGGCAAAAUCUUCGCUUACCAACUUCCCGACGCUACUCUCCGUCUCCACAAUUCUCUCUCCUCUCCUCUGAUUGCCACGUGGUGUCCUUCCCCUCCCUCACGCGCGCAAAUCGACGGCGCGUACCGCUCAAUUCGCCGGAGCUCUCCGCCGGAGGAAACCCUAGAUUCCGACGAGUUUAGAGAGUUUGCUGUUGUUGUGUUUACUGAUGCUGUUGUUACGAAUGCCUCGAAGGCGGCGGCGAGGAAGGUUUGUGUUGGAGUUGCUGGGAUUGCUGGGGUUGGUAUGGUUGGGAGAGUUGGUGGUGGUUUGGUUGGUUCUGUGAUUGGGGUUUACGCGCUUGGGGUUGCUACUACGGCUUAUCUUGGAUUGGGUUAG